CUCGCCCUAGGGCAAGGGUUUGCUCCGUCGUCGCACCAGAUCAAGCGCUCCCAAGAGACGGCGGAGAAAUCCUUCAAAACCGGCCGGGAUGAUGACGGAAUCGAGGGGGCAAGGGUCCAAUCUACUCUUGGGAGGAGCUGUCGGCGAAGUUGCUCCGGAGAGCACUACCAGGUCACCUCCGCGGCUGCCGUCCGACCCAGGGUCGCCAGCGGCUUCGUCACCGCGUCCGAGCAUGGAGGAAAUGUCUGAAUCGGACUCUGGGUCGGCAAGGGGGACGAAGAGGAAGAGGGUCACCGAGCCUAGGGAUGGGGAUUCGGCGGGCUCUGGUUCCGACUCCUCUGGCUCUCCAUUCCGCAGGCCCAAGGCUCCCCUGAUGCCCAUCUGUACGGAGGAAGAUGGCACCGUGCUCUACGGCUUCACUGACGACCAAGACGUCAUGGACAAAUACCAUGAUGAUAUGCAGAAAUACAUCAAGAAAAGGGAUCGUCAUAAGCGGAUGUUAACACUUGCACCAUCCAGUGUCACCGAGCGCCGCACCGUCAAGGAGACAGAGUCUGUUCUAAAGUGUGCUGAAUCGGUUCUAAGCCUUUCAGCCUACCUGGAUGGCAAGAUGAUAAACCAGUGCACAGGGAUUGUCGUUGAGAUAGAUGCAUUUAAGAACUCCGCUAUCAUUCUCACCUCAACAUGGCUUUUCUGCACCAAGAAACCUUUGGAUGAUUGGACAAAAAAGGAGUACGCUACUGAGGCAAAGGUUAAUGUUCAUAUGUUGGACGACUCAACUUUAGAGUGUCGUUUGAUGUUCUUCAGCGAGCACUAUGAAAUAGCCUUCUUUGAGAUUAGUGGGGAUAUUUCAUUGAAGGCUUUGUCAUUGGAACGUAAUGUGGAGUUAGGCCAGGAUGUAUUUCUAUUGGCUAGAGAUACAAAUUUGAAUCUGAUUUAUAAGCGAGACAAGGUACAACUUGUAGAUCCUUGUGAACAUCAGCAAAAUCACUAUCAAUUCCUCAACGGUCCAAUUCCUCAGUGUGGAACUGGAGGUGGAGUGCUGGAUGCUGGUGGAAAAAUUGUAGGGAUGCUAUUCUACAAAUUGCCUCUUGUUGCCUUCAUUCCAAGCUCUCUUAUUCUUAAAUGUUCAACCAUGUGGCAACAUUUUAGGCAACUUGCUCGACCCCAGCUUGGCUUGAAGCUAAGGACAUUAGCAUUUCUAGAUAUUCCCCGUAUUGAGUUGAUGUCACGUAAAUUCAGUAUUUCCUCUGGUCUCAUUGUUGGAGAGAUUUCAGCGAAAUGUGAUGCUGAGAAGCUUGGCAUUAGGGCAGGGGAUAUUAUCUUUUCAUGCCAAAAAGAGCGUGUUUCAAGUAUUGUUCAGCUGGAACAUGUGUUGUUGGGUGUUGCUGAGGAGCAUCUUGAGAAAAGCAAUGAUCUCAGCUCUAAAGUUGAGGUUGAGAUCGGUGUAUUUCAUGUGCGCAAACGUAUACAGAGAUUCAUCACAUUAAGAGUAGAGUUGUCAGAUCAUCUUGAAGUAUUUCACUCAGACGAUGAAGAUGCUAAGGCAGAAGGAAACACGGGAGAGGAAGGGCCCGCAGCAGCUGCAUGUGAAGCAAAGCCAUGAAGAAUGUGGAGGUGAUCUCUAUCCAUGACUUCUUUGUAAUGGUCAUCAGAUAUUUAGCUAGACGCUACCUAGGAUUUUUGCUGUAUACUCUGAAGAAUGGAUCACUGCCCCUGAAGUAAGGAAGUAGAUGUAGUGUUGGUAUCUUUUGGAUGGAACUUGCUUGAUAGUGUUAGUUUUUAUGGUACUGUUCUGGAUUCUGGAUCAUGCCCUAGUACUACAAUUGCAAGCUGUUCUGGAUUAUGUUAUUGUGGUCAGCAUGUAUGCAUCUGGUUUUGAAAACAAAACUUGUAAUACUUGCUAUAUUGCUAAUUGUUACUCUCUCCGUUCACUAAUG